CCGGACCCUUCCACUUCCCUCUAGCAUUUAACCUCGAAUCCGAGGUACUGGAAGUUCUCAGUUCUCAGUUCUCAGAUUCCCGGGUCUUAGCUACUGACGUGUCUCAAUGACGUCGGGAAAGAUGGAUAUUGGUUUCAAAGAUCUAGUCAGUAGUCUACCAGACGCUCUUCUCUGCCAUGUUUUGUCCUUCCUUUCCACAAGAGAUGCUGCUUUGACUUCAGUUCUCUCCAAAAGGUGGAGGUAUCUGUUGGCUUUUGUACCGAAUCUGGAUUUUGAUAACUCCAUCUAUGACAAUCUUGAAAUGGGUAGAAGAAAAAGGCUACAGAUGCGUCAAAGUUUUAAGGUUUUUGUUGAUAGAAUAAUGGCUUUGCAAGGGAAUGCUCCGUUAAACAAAUUCUCUCUAAUUUGUGAAACUGAUAAUGAUCCAUCUAGUGUUGAUGGUUGGAUAACCAAUGCGUUGGAGCGUGGUGUUGUAGAUCUUGAUCUAUACAUCUCUCCAGACUAUGGUUAUCCCCUACCUUCAAAGGUCUUGAUCAGCAAGACAUUGGUAAGGCUGAAAGUAGAAGGUACAGACUAUUUCACCCCUGAUGUGGGAGAGUUUUUUCUUCCAAAGCUCAAGACUUUGUAUCUUGAUGAUGUUACAUUCGAGGAUAGUGGUGUUGCCUUUUCAAAGCUAAUUUCUGGCUGUCAUUUGCUAGAGGAGUUAGUCAUGAUUGGUGUGAUAUGGGAUUCUUGGGAUUCUUUCUCUGUGUCUAGCCCAACCCUCAAAAGACUAAAACUCUGUUGUGAUUACAUUGAAGAGAAUCCAAAGGGUGUUUCAUUUGAUACUCCAAGUCUUGUCUACUUUGAAUUUACUAAUACUGUUGCGAUCAAGUAUCCAAAAGUGAAUUUUGACUCGCUUGUUGAAGCUAGUGUCGAUCUUCGAACCAAACUGUAUCACCUAAAUGCAAGAUCCAAGUAAUCUCUGAUAACAUCAGCUUCUCAUCUACUGUGCACUCUUCCUCCUCUAAAAGUGGACUCUUCUUCCUUAAAAACACCUUUCCAGUUUAAAGGUUGUUCCUCCUUCCAUCGCAGAGAAGAAUAGCAAAGCUUUGGUUUGGUUUGUUAAGUUUUAGCUUAAAACAACAAUAACUGGUGGUAUGUAGUUU